AUAAACAACAUUAUUCUCUUGUGUUCGGAGUGUAAUUGAGGAAGCUAAGAAUAAAACAUCCCAAGUAAAGAGAAAAUGGGUGUCAUCACUGCCCACUGUUACUGUUUCACCACCGUUGGAUCACACAAACCCUACCUUUCUCCCUCAUCUCACAAUUUCCGCCAUUCCCCUUCCGUUUCUCUUUCUUCUUCUUCUUCUUCGUCGCCUUCACCACUCAGAAGAAUCUCAUGCCGAACCUCUUCCGCUCCCGCCGCCGAAUCUACUCUCACCGCGAAAGUUGGAAAUGGGUUGAAAGAUUUUAUUCACAUAGAUGAUUUUGACAAGGAAACUAUUUUGAAGAUAUUGGAUCGAGCUAUUGAGGUGAAAACAUUGUUGAAAUCAGGGGACAGGACAUUUCGGCCUUUUGAAGGGAAGACAAUGUCGAUGAUAUUUGCAAAGCCAUCCAUGCGAACAAGGGUUUCAUUUGAGACUGGUUUUUCAUUGUUAGGUGGUCAUGCUAUUUACUUAGGACCCAAUGACAUUCAAAUGGGGAAGCGAGAGGAGACUCGUGAUGUUGCUCGAGUUUUGUCUCGCUAUAACGAUAUCAUUAUGGCCCGUGUUUUUUCUCAUCAGGUAUGUUGCUGCUGGUUGGUGUUCACUUAGAGUUGCUUAGCUUUGUUUAUGUUUUAUUGAGGAGUCUGAUGUUGGCUUUUGAGGAUAAGAGUAAUUGAGACUGUAGUCUCGAGAUGUUAUUAAUAUUAAUCCUCUAUAUCCUUUUGGAUCUGUUAUGCAUGCAUCGGAUUGCGAAAAAAGCAUGCAUAAUGUUUGAUAUU